CGAAGCGGAGAGCCUGUGCUCGGAGGAGCGGCUUGUGCAACAGCGGUAUCAGGCAGCGGAACCGACAGGCAGCAACCAGUUGAAAUGUCCCGGAACCAGAGGAGGCGGCGCACCAAGCAGCGGCCUCUCAGCGCGAGCCGAGCCGACUCAUAGUUGCACACGUUCGGACACCGUUUGUGAAUAACAGGGCGCACUUGUGUAUGAGUUUCCGCGGCGUGUUCUCGGAGUAAUGAGAGGCGUGUGUUCGGGUCUCAAAAUGGGAUUGUUUUUACAAGCUGUCGGCGCUGUCACCCCCACGGAGUCCGCAGCAGAGAAGAGUUUGCUCCGCUGUGAAGGCGCCAACAAUCAGAGCUACUUCUGUGAGUCCGGCCACUGCUGCGGAGAGUCUCAGUGCUGCAGUUUUUACUAUGAGCUCUGGUGGUUUUGGCUCGUCUGGGCGCUCAUCUUCAUUUUAUGCUGCUGCUGCAUUUGCCACCAUCGCCGCACCAAACACCGCCUGCAGCAGCAACAACGACAGCACGAGAUCAACCUCAUAGCUUACCGUGAAGCACACAACUAUCCGUCUGUGCCCUUUUACUUCAGGUUUCUGCCGAACUACCUCCUCCCCGACUAUGAAGAAGUUGUCAAUCGACCACCGACUCCUCCGCCUCCUUACACGGCCUUAAGCACAAACUCUCCGCUGGCGUCUGGUCCCAUGGUUCCUGAGCAACAGGAGGGACAUCGUCCAGCCAUCCAGCCCUCUUGUGUGGCUCCAGUCUCCGACGGUUCGUGUUGCAGGCCCAGCAUGGAAGAACCACAGCCUCCAAACUUUGACUUUAGCCCCAAACCCACACAAACGGCUCAAGAUUCAGGCGUGGUUCUGCUGCCGGACCGACUCGGCAUAGAGACGCUCACCAACCAGGACAAAAAAACUGAAAGCGUGGACGACUCCUGCAAAGACCCUCUGCUUAAGGAUUUUAGCUCGUUGGAGGGUUGUCCUGAGGAUAAAGAGCGUCUCCCAAAUGGAAGGAGAAGGCGUUUCACAGGGGACUCUGGGAUUGAGGUGUGUGUGUGUGGCACACGCGGCGGCAACAGUUGCAGCGGCGUCGGAGGGACAGACCAGGACAGCAGAGAGCUCGAGAGCCUUCUGGGCCGCAACAUGGAUGACGACAAUGAGGAGGGGGAGGAGACAGGUGACUUCUGUGACAGCUGUGGCCAUCAGGCCUCCUUUGGUGUGGAGGAGGAGCGGAGGGCAGGGCAUGGGCUAACGGCAGCUCCUCAGAACGUAGGCAGCAGCUCACUCAGCCCACCCGUUUGCCUUCUCCUCCACACCAUCAGCGAGCAGGACGGAGCAGCGCACAGCACCGAGCCACAGGGCUGAACCACUGCUCACCACCAUGUUCACAGGAAGAAGGAGAACUCACCACAGCUUUAGCGACCCAACAGCAUUUACAAUACUUUCAGAGAGUUACAUGAAUGUAUUACAUCAGCCAGAUGUGGGAGCUGCAGCUGGCUCUCAGCACAAAAUGCAAAGGAAGCCCACUACUCCCUGUACUGGACUGUGGGCCUUAACCUGUGUGUGGGUUAUGUGGAGGUGGGGGGUACAAACCCUGUAACAGUAUAAGGCGAGUGAAACUUCCCCCACCGUCACUCUUCAGCCGUUCCUCUCAUAUCACACCAGCAGUACAGAUCUUAACCAUCGUUGGCGGCGACUCGUCAGCAGGCGGAGUCUGCACAGCUAGAGAGUGGAACAACGCUCAGCAGGAACGGUCUGGACUUCCCCGUGUUUGUUCCUAGAGGGUCUAACUGUCUUAAGAACAUCAGAAAGCAGACGUUGGGACGUUCUGUUCGCCUCAUUCCUCUGAAGUGCUUUUUCAGCCAUUCUAGACCGCUCUGCCUUGUGUUCGUCUCUGUUGGCCCUUCCAGCAGAAGGGACGUGUACGCCUCUUAAAUCAUAGUACACUUCCCUUUUUGCACACAAGAUUAGUUUUUAAUCACUUUAUAACCAAAUCAGAGUUUAGUUUCCCACAUAAUCUUGAGUUGCAGCAUGUGAUUUGUUUUGCUGCAACGUCCUUGAAGACGUCUUGACUUGUUAGGGAUUUUUAAACAGGAUUGUUGAAUGUUUUGCAGUACAUGUCUACAGGCGGUGAGAUGAUUUACUAAGAACCGCUUUAGUGGUACUAGAAUAAAAACAGCCCUUCAGGUAUAAUCUAGAGAGUUCAGCUUCUGAGAGAUUACAAGAGCGACCGGCAACAUCACACCUCAAAAGUUUGCCAUCUUCACCAGCGACGCGAUCUAAAAACACAUAUUUACAGUCUUAAAGUUGAAUUUAUCAGUAGCACCAAAUAACUGAACACUUUUCAUAACGGGUGCUUUUUUAUUUUGGUCAAGUGAAGUAUUGUCUCCGAAAAAGGUUUGUUCUUUGCACUGUUCAGAGAUGGAGAAGGAGACUAAGACACGUUUAUGUUCACUUGUUAAGUUGCCUAGGUUAUGGAUGAGCAUUAAACAAGCAAAUAAGUCAGAAAUAAGCAGAUCAGCUACUAAAAAGGUAGUUUUUAGUAACAAGUGAUUUCUCCAAUAUGUCUGAACCAUUCCUUUCACGAUCGGCAAAUAAAUGUUGAAACUAGCUAUUUACAGUCUGUUAAUGUCGUUUAAACACACAAAACAAUUUUUUCAUGUUCUCUUGUUGGUUUGAUUUGACUUGUUGAGGUCCCAGAGUCUGGGGGCCACAGCAGCUUACUCACAACUUACCUUCAUGCAUCUGCAAAAACGAGCACAAAUAUGCAACUUCUGCAAAAGCAAACAUUUUAACGAUUGGUUUUUGCAGCAGAUUAACCUUCAAAGCAUCAAACGGACAACCGAUCCACGAUUCUCCAGCAGAGGUUAAAGUGCAACGUGAACGCUUGUGCAUCAGAACCUAAACACACUUUACACCUUAGUGCUUUUUGUAAACUUUACGUGUUCAGCUAUUUUUCACAUCAGCUGAUUCAUUAAAAGUGUAUAAAUGUCAGAAAGAAAAAAGUCACAAAACCACUAUUUUUCUAACUAAUAUUCAGUUACAUGUUUGGGAGCCAAAUAGUUGUUUUGAUCAUUUGUGUAAAAUCAUUAGCUUUGUUAACCAUGAUGGGUAUUAUGUUUGAGAAAAGAUUUGUGUGCGUUUGAGGCCUAAUCUGAGCUGUGUAAAGGGCACGUUUGACACUUUCCUCUCUUGCCAAGUGUGUGUGCGCACACAGGUGUGUGUUUUGCACAUUGCUGUUCUGAUCAUAAGCCAUUUAUUUCUGCAGCUGAGAUGAAUGUAUGUUCAAUAAAACUACUAAACGGAA